CACACGGAUGUACGAACUUUAAUAGAUGCUCCACGUGGGUGUGGGAUGAGGGGUGAUGAGAAAUGAGGCCAUCGGACGAGAGAUCCACUGGACAUGGCGCAGACUGGCGGACUGUCCAGCCGACUCAUGCACAGAGGAAGGUUUCGGACUCCAUACUCCCGUAAAACAAAUCGGUGGCUACCCGCCGCUUUAGCUUACUACUAUGGACGCGAGCCAGGUGCAAGGAACGAAGUUGUCGUACUGGCCUUAGGGAUUGACCAAUAUCUGCAAGCAAUUUUUCAUAGCUUGGAUUUUAAAAAGCAAGGAUGCAUUAAUGCCUCCCACUUCGAAGCCUUUUGUGAAGUCCUGGAAUUGCAUGAAGAAUCGCUGGUGAGUGAUAUUCCAGAGAAAAUGUCAUUUCGCGAAUUCCAUGCUCGCCUUGGGGAACACUUCGCUGGUAAAUAUGGACAGGAAUACAAACCACCUAAUGUCAAGGUGGAACAAGAGGAAUACGUCUCUACUUCUGUUCGAACUAAGGAAACCAUCCAGUUAAUCUCACAAUCUUCUGAUGCGGAAAAACCCACCAAACCUAAGUUUGGGACAUUUCCCAAAGAGAUAAAAGUGUAUAAAAAGUGCAGUGUCAAUUCCUUAAAUAUUCUUGACUACCCCACAGGAAGUUUGAAUCGAAAUCCGAAAUGGUCAAAGAGAGAUACCCAGCCUAAAGUGCUUUCAGAUGCGGGUAGUCAGGAGAACAAAGUUCUUCAAAGUGAGCCCACAAUACCUGCAGAUGGAGUCUGUUUUCUGAAAAGGUCAAGCAAUGAAAACUCCUUCAAAAAUUCCUACCGCGAGGAAAGCGAAUGUCUACGUGAAAUUAUUGAAGACUUGAGAGGUGCUUUACAAAGCAAAGAUGCUGAAUGUCUAGCGUGGCAGGUAGCUCUGAAACAUGCUCAAACUGUGUCCCGCUCAGCUCGGACUUUUGCAGGAGACACUGCCAAAUGUAGCGCACCCAUGGAACACGGCGUAUUAAAUCCCCCAAAGUCCAGCAAGUGGACAGACUCAAGUAGAACAGUCGUGCCGGGAUAUUUGAAGUCUGCCUCAAAAGAGCCAAAUGGUAUCGACAUGGACGUUAAAGAAAUGGCUUCAAAUAACAAGGGUCAGGAAAUCGCCAAGCUUGUAUCAUUGGUUAAUCAUUUACAGGCGGAAUUAAAUGAAACUUACAAAGAAUUGACAAAUUUGGAAAAUCACAAUAAGUUAUUGAUGGAUAAUUUGGAUACCUUGGCUAAGAACUAUGAGAUGACACGCCGGCUCUUCGAGGUGGCUAUAGUGAAAGUAAAAGACCUGGAAAGAGAAGUGUCAACAAUUCCCUGUCUUAAAGAUACAAUCGCAUAUCUACAAGAAGAAAGAGACGGUCAGAUAAAAGAUCGAUCCAGAAAAAGAUUUAGAUCUCGAUCAAGAGGUAACAAAUUUGAUGACGUGAUGGCUUUUAUCCGAAGAGGCCGAGUUCAUUCGAGAAGCACCGAUCGAAAAUCUCCAAUGGGUUCUAGUCGAAACUCUGUUGCCAGUGAAGGUAAGCUAGAGACUAUUUUCUGUAGAGACGUUGAAGGAAAAUCAGGGUCUGACGAAGAGUAUGUACAUUCUGUGGGGGUCUCAAGGUGGGGCUCCCGCAUGUCGGCAUCUCAAGAGGAAUCGAUUACGAUGUCAAAACUUCAGGAAUGUUUGACGUCGUUGAAUGGUCGACUUUAUCAGAUGUCUGAAGAGAAAAGGCGACUUUUGGACGAGCUUCAGUGCUGUAAACUGCGGAAUAAUGAAAGCCGGAAAGAGCUAGAAGGAGUGGAAGCGGAGAGGGCACGACUGUCCGUUAUAGAAGAGAGGCUUCAAGAGUCAAUAACGCUGCUUCGAUUCCUUCGAGGAAAGUUCUUGAGCCGUCGGACGUUGGGGAAGUUUCUGCUUGACGUGGUGGACGAAAGUUACGACGACCCAAGAGAAGAAUUCGUUGCUGAUAAGUUUGUGGAGAAGCUCUUGAAGAAACUGACAUCCAGUGAGCUUUUGAAAGAGGAGACAUACCAGAAACUGCCUUAUUCCCACUGCCCGAAAUUUUCUUUACCCACCUACUAUGGUGACUCUUCCGGAAAAACCUUGUUUAAAGAAACAGAGACAUUAUGUGUUCUGUAACAAACACCACAGCAUGUAUGCAGGAAUUAGAUUACACAUACAAAUCUUUCCUUUUAUUAAUUCUUGCAGCGCCAGAUUCUUCUCCAAUUUUGAUCGAAUUAUAUUCGAGAGGAGAAGGAUCUCAUGAAGCUCAUCAAAGGUAUGAGCUGAAACUUUCGAAAAUCCAUAGGCGUACUUGGAGAAUCUAAUACGUAGUCCUACGAUUUGCCCCACUUCCUUUGACAAAAAAUGUAUUGACCUAUCCAAUAUAGUUUUGUUAGAAAGAGACAUGUACUGUUCAUGUAUAUGUGGGUGCAAUGUGGAAAUCAUGUAUAUACAUAUAUAUAUAUAACACCAUAGCGCACAUCACUAUAAAAUCACAAAUGUUUCUGUGUUGUUUUGUUUUUAUCUAAUAAACCUUAUUACGAUAU